UAAACCUAAGACAAAAUGGGAAAGGAGAAGACCCACAUCAACAUUGUUGUCAUUGGGCACAUAGAUUCAGGGAAGUCUACCAUGACUGGCCAUCUGAUCUACAAAUGUGGCAGGAUCGACAAGAGAACAAUCGAGAAGUUCAAGAAGGAGGCUGCUGAGAUGGGAAAGGACUCCUUCAAAUAUGCCUGGGUCUUGGACAAACUGAAAGCUGAACGUGAGCAUGGUAUCACCAUCGAUAUCUCCCUGUGGAAAUUUGAGACCAGCAAGUACUCUGUUACCAUCAUUGAUGCCCCAGGACACAGAGGCUUCAUAAAAAACAUGAUUACAGGCACAUCCCAGGCUGACUGUGCUGUCCUGAUUGUUGCUGCUGGUGUUGGUGAAUUUGAAGCCGAUAUCUCCAAGAAUGGGCAGACCCGUGAGCAUGCCCUUCUGACUUAUACUCUGGGUGUGAAACAACUAAUUGUUGGAGUUAACAAAAUGGAUUCCACUGAGCCACCCUAUAGCCAGAAGAGAUACGAGGAAAUUGUUAAGGAAGUCAGCACCUACAUUAAGAAAAUUGGCUACAACCCCGACACAGUAGAAUUUGUGCCAACUUCUGGCUGGAAUGGUGACAACAUGCUGGAGCCAAGUGCUAAGAUGCCAUGGUUCAAGCAAUGGAAAGUCACCCAUAAGGAUGGCAAUGCCAGUGGAACCACCCUGCUUGAAGCUCUGGAUUGCAUCCUGCCACCAACUCACCCAACUGACAAACCCUUGCGUUUACCUCUCCAGGAUGUCUAUAAAAUUGUUUGUAUUGGUACUGUCCCUGUGGGUCGUGUGGAAACUGGUGUUCUCAAACCUGGCAUGGUGGUCACCUUUGCUCCAGUCAAUGUAACAGCUGAAGUGAAGUCUGUAGAAAUGCACCAUGAAGCAUUGAGUGAAGCCCUUCCUGGGGACAAUGUGGGCUUCAACGUCAAGAACGUGUCUGUCAAAGAUGUCCGUCGUGGCAAUGUGGCUGGUGACAGCAAAAAUGAUCCACCCAUGGAAGCUGCUGGCUUCACAGCUCAGGUGAUUAUUUUGAACCAUCCAGGCCAAAUCAGUGCUGGAUAUGCACCUGUGCUGGAUUGUCACACAGCUCACAUUGCGUGCAAGUUUGCUGAGCUGAAGGAGAAGAUUGAUCAUCGUUCUGGGAAAAAGCUGGAAGAUGGCCCUAAAUUCUUGAAAUCUGGUGAUGCUGCCAUUGUUGAUACGGUUUCUGGCAAGCCCAUGUGUGUCAAGAGCUUCUCUGAUUAUCCUCCCCUGGGCCAUUUUGCUGUGUGUGACAUGAGACAGACAGUCGCUGUGGGUGUCAUCAAGGCAAUGGACAAGAAGGCACCUGGAGCUGGCAAGGUCACCAAGUCUGCCCAGAAAGCUCAGAAGGCUAAAUGAAUAUUACCCCCAAUACCUGCCACCCCAGUCUUAAUCGGUGGUGGAAGAACGGUCUCAGAACUGUUUGUCUCAAUUGGCCAUUUAAGUUUAAUAGCAAAAGUCUGGUUAAUGAUAACAAUGCAUCGUAAAACCUUCAGAAGGAAAGGAGAAUGUUUUUGUGGACCAUGUGUUUUGUGUGUGGCAGUUUAAGUUAUUAGUUUUUAAAAUCAGUACUUUUUAAUGAAAACAACUUGACCAAAAAUCUGUCACAGAAUUUGAGACCCAUUAAAAAAAGUUUAAUGAGAAACCUGUGUCUUCUUCUGGUCAACACUGUAACUCCCUAUAGUACUACUUUGGUAAGAGUUGCUCAUAAGCUAUUUCUGGUAAAACAAUUUUCAAAUUAUGCAUUUGUAUUUCUAGGGUGGAGCUUCAGGUUUGUUAACCUUGUGUUGAGAGAACUCAUCUGUUUUAAUAACAUCUUAAGCAUUGGUGCAACACUUUCUAGAUUAGGACAGAUGAGCAAAGAGUAACUUUUAUAUGUAAG